AUGGACGAAUGGAUCAAAGUGCGAAAGUGGGCUUAUCCUUGCCCUCCGUGCCGAAGGGCAAAAGUCCCAUGUGGAGAAACAUUGGCUUGUCCCAAAAGAACCGAUCCCGCCCAGCCAAAGUGUAACUCCUGUCGUUCCAGAAAAGUCCAUUAUGGCCUUGACAAAAUCAUUCAACUCGUUCCUGCUCAAGAUUGGUUCAGUGGUUACUGUCGCGCAAAAUAUUCAAAGGGCCUCACGGAAGAAAUCCCUCAAGGUUGGGAUGGUGCUUGUGGCCCAGAAAGUGUUAUCAACAUGAGAAAGUUGCGACUCAAGUUCAAAAACAAGAUCCAACAAUCCACUUCGAGAAAGUCUCUUCAUGUGCAGCUGGAGCCAACUUGCGCCAAGUCCCCGAACACUUUGCUAGGCCAACCAACUCAAGCAGAUCGAGCCUCGAACCACCCAGAGACUGACAUGCCUCUUCCUGGUUGUAGUAAGGACGAUUUGGCCAAACACUUAGUCAUACCAACUCUCCAAGGUACUGCCUCGAGCCACCCUGCUGCUCCAAGCCAACCUGACUCAACCCGCCCUCCUCCACGCCAACCUGACUCGUACCACCCUCCUCCAAGCCGCCCUGACUCAAUUCACCCUCUUCCAAGCCUCUCUGACUCAAGCCAUCGUGCCUCGAUCAACCAAGCAACAAAACCUAUUCCGCAUCCAGGUGAUCAAGCUCAAUUUGCCAAGAAUUUAGACAAGACAAUUGUUCAUCCGAAUACUGUUGUCAAAGAAGCCAAAUCAUCCGGCGGAUCGCGAAAAAGAUUUCGGGCAGAUGAAGAAGACAUGGAAAGAAUUAAAGAAGAAUUCGCAGAACCACCGAUGAUUUCUGAUGUUGUCAAAGGCAAGCGACGAAAAUUAAUUAUUGAAGAUGAAUUGUCUUCGGAAGAAGAGGGGAACGAUGACGAAAUAAUUGAAGAUGUCCUCAAAAGGGCCGAAAACAAUCCGGAGGAGUUGUGCGAAGGAUUCCCGAGAAGAGGAGUACCGGAAGAAGAAGAAAGAGAGGCGAAGGAAGAAGGGAAAAUCGACGAAAAUGCGCUAGAAUUGGACAAAACAAUUUCCUCUAAUAUUUCGGAAAAAGGCGCUGUGAACGAUGUUGACGAUAUAGACGAUCGAGUUGACUACGUCGAAAGAGAAGUUGAGGAAGUCGAGGCGGAUGUGCGGAAGGCGAAGAAGAAUUUCGAGCUGGCAUGGAGUUCCGAUGGCGAGGAAGAGACCGAUCUGAAUGGAACGGUGAAGGAUGAACUCAAGCUAAAAAUAUUCGAAAUGGGCGCCGAAACCGUGAAAACCGUGGCAGCUUUAAUGAAGAUGGUUCCGAAGGGUUUAAAGGAGGAGGCAAGAAAGGCAAAGGAAGAGUUAAGAAAGGAAUUUGAGAAGAAGAGACAAGAGGCGGAAAAUAUUAUCGAUACCAAAUUAUAA